AUGUCCGAAAUCUGGAGCCCGGCUCCGGAGCCCAAGACGGAACAGGGAAGGUAUCGGAUCCUCUCCUCAACAGCCGGGAUCCGUGUCUCGCCACUCCAACUCGGCGCCAUGUCUAUUGGCAGUGCCUGGCGCAGCUUCAUGGGAUCAAUGGACAAGGAACAGUCUUUCAGACUGCUCGACUACUUCUUCGACGCUGGCGGCAAUUUUAUCGAUACCGCCAAUAACUAUCAAAACGAGGAAUCCGAGGAAUGGAUCGGAGAGUGGAUGGCGAAGCGAAAGAACCGCGAUCAGAUGGUUAUUGCCACCAAGUUUACCACAGACUAUAAGUCGUAUGCACUUGGAAAAGGUCGAGCUCCGAAUCACUGCGGUAACUCCCGAAGGAGUAUGCAUAUGAGUGUGCGAGACUCUCUCCGAAAAUUGCAAACUGACUGGAUUGAUAUUUUAUAUGUCCACUGGUGGGACUUCACCUCCUCGGUGAAGGAAAUCAUGGAUAGUCUGCACAUUCUUGUCGAACAAGGCAAAGUCCUCUACCUAGGGGUGUCUGAUACCCCUGCCUGGAUUGUCAGUGCCGCCAACGAAUACGCUAUGGCCUUCGGAAAGACCCCUUUUAGCAUCUACCAAGGGCGAUGGAAUGUCAUGCGGAGGGAUUUCGAGAGGGAGAUUAUCCCCAUGGCUCGUCAUUACGGAAUGGCACUUGCACCAUGGGAUGUUCUAGGCGGCGGGAAGUUUCAGGGGAAGAAAGCCUUAGAGGAGCGAGCGAAGAAAGGCGAGGGUCUUCGGUCCAUGUUCGGCGCUGAACAGAAUGAGGAAGAAAAGAAGGUCAGCGAGGCACUAGAAAAGGUCGCCGCCGAACACGGCGUGGAGUCGCUCACCGCCAUCGCGCUCGCGUAUGUGCGGGCGAAGGCGAACAACGUGUUCCCCAUGGUUGGCAGCCGCAAAGUGGAACAUCUAAAGGACAAUAUUGAGGCUCUUAGCAUCAAAUUGACCGAGGAGCAAGUGGAGUUUCUGGAAAGUGUGAAGACGCUUGACAUAGGGUUCCCGAAUGACUUUAUUGGACCUGAUUCCCCAUGUUACGGGGCAGUUUACUGGGCUUGCGGCGGCGAAUGCUCCUAUUGA